AGUUGUGUUCCGCCGCCAGCAGGAGGUGCAGAGGCUUACCACGCUUGUACGUUUGAUAUAAUCAAAGUAUCCGCUAUGAGGGGCGCCUUGGGUCUGCGGCCUGCAGAUAUAGGGAGACCGGAAAGGACUUGUCGCAUACUGGAAGACAACUCAAUUCUGCUCAAUUCCCUUUCCCUUCCGUUUUCUUUGUGUCACUUGGAAUUCUAGGUAGCGGACUCGCAAGAUCGCCGCAUGCGCGUGAACUCAAUCCGUCUAGAAGGAAUCGAACAUACCAAGCGUUCAGUGGUCGAGCCGCUCGUCCGGCCAAUUCUCGAAUCCCAGAACCUAGGGGACGUCCUGUCAGAAUCCCGGGAGGCUUGUCACCGGAUAUCUCGGCUUGGCGUGUUCCGGACCGUGGGCGUGACGCUGGACACGGCGGACCCGGGACUGUAUGGGUUGGUGGAUGAUGAGGCUGUGGAUGUAGUGCUGAAUGUGACGGAGGCGCCGAGGUUUUAUGCGAGGACCGGGGCGGACUUUUCGAAUUAUGAUACCACGACGAAUAUCACAACGCGGAUUUCGAAUGUGUUGGGAGGAGGCGAAGUGCUUGAAGCCAAUGCAUCGUAUGCCGUGCAGCCCGGCAUCGCAUUGAACGAGCCAAGUACAUCUUUCAACAACAACGAGACGGGGAGCUACUUCCAGCUUCUACUCAGCAAACCGAUUCUACCAAAACCGGUGUUCCAAAGGCCGAACCAUGUGGAUCCGGACGCCCGCGCCGAGUUUGCGGCGUAUAGUACCAAUCGAAACAUGUCGUUGCACCAAUCGCACGAAGAAGAGACGAAGGGACUGUCUGCGCGAUACAAGACAGCAGACAUCUUCCGAGGCACACACGAAUUAGCAUACGAUGUGGCAUGGCGACGUGUCCACAGUCUGGCGCAGAGCGCUUCGUGGAGUGUGCGACAGGAUGCCGGCCACACCCUCAAAUCCGCAAUCAGCCACACAUAUGCGAAGGACCAUCGCGACGAUCCUAUGCUACCUACAACGGGAAGCUACAUCCGAACAAGAGAGGAAUUGGCGGGACUGGGCGGUGACGUGAAGUUCAUGAAGGGAGAGGCGGAAGGCCAGUGGGUUCGGAGUCUUGGGAACGGUUUCAUUUUCACCACAUCCGCCCGCGGAGGACUUGUUGUGCCGUUCACAGGCCACCGGAUGCGGAUCAACGACCGAUUUACCCUGGGAGGUCCCAACACCGUGAGGGGAUUCCGGCAAAGUGGGAUCGGGCCCAUGGACAAGAAGGAUGCGAUAGGUGGAGACGCUUACUGGGCGGCAGGCCUCAGUCUCUUCACCCCAUUGCCUUACCUCCGCGACAAGCCAAUAAAGGGACACGUGUUCCUAAACGGAGGAUCGCUGGCGCAAGUCAACACAGCCACCCCGCCAGCAGAAACGGCCCGCAUAGUGUUCGCCACGCCCUCCGUGUCCGCGGGGCUCGGUCUCGCCGUCCGAUUCAGCAUCCUCCGCUUGGAACUCAACUACUGCUUGCCUGUGACGGCUACCAGGUCUGACGUGCUGAAGCCGGGAUUCCAGUUUGGGAUUGGUGUGGCGUACUUGUAG